CCUUAAAAUUAAAAAUAUAUUUGAUAACGUUACAAAUUUUUCCCAAUAAGUUUCUUUGGUUUAAAUGGUUAGAUUCAGGGGGCCAUUAAAAGUGGCUUGUUGCUGGAGUCGCAGGAUGUGUUUUCGAAUUGAGGAAGGGAUUCUUUGGUGCAUGCAACGUCAUCGCGGGAAAUUUGUCGGCUUGCUUCAUCCCUUUUCGGCAUUAGUUCUCCUAAGUCUGAUUGGAUUUCUGUUCGUCUAUGAGUUGUGGUACGUUCUGCCUCUGUUGACCGAUCCUCAGGGGAUAUGGCACAAGUUAAACUGGCUGCUGGCCAUUUAUACGGUCUUCAAUAUUCUGGGCAAUUGGUGGCUCGGAUUUAUGUGCAAUACUGCGGUGGAAAGUUUACCGCCCAAGCGACAGCAUCCGUCGGCAGGUGAGGCACACCUGUGGCACUAUUGCACCUCCUGCCAAAAACUAGUGCCCCCAAGGUCCUGGCACUGCAGAUUGUGCAACCAAUGCAUACUGAAGCGGGAUCAUCACUGCACGUUCUCGGGGAAUUGUAUUGGCCACAAUAAUCAGCGGUAUUUCCUUGGGUUUUUAUUUCACCUGAGUUUCGGGAGCGGACAGGCGCUCGUUUAUAAUGCCAUGUUGGCCUGGAAAUCCAAGGCCUUUUUGGUCACCGACCCAUUGUUGUUUAUGAAUGAAAAUCAUUCAAAUGAUCCGGAUUUCAAUUGGAAGUACACAGUUGCCAGCAUGCUUAAGCUCAAUUUCUUUCUUUUUAUGGUGCCCCUGGGAAUGUUUGUCCUGCAAAUGCUGAUGGUCUAUCGGAACAGUACAUGCUAUAGGAUACUGGAUCGCAGCUACGAUGUCGGUUGGCAGCAAAACUUCAAUAUUGUACUUGGGAAUCGGCGAUUCUGGACCUUCUUUUCGCCCACCAUUUCAAGUCCUCUUCCAAACGACGGAACUCAGUGGUUUCAGAAGCAGCACGUUUAAUACUGGGAAAUAAAAACAGAAGUAAAUACUUUUAUUAUAGCAAAAUUAUUGGGUCAACUUUAUAUUUUAUACGUAAUGAGAAAGUACAAAAUAUAAAAACCAUUUUGUUUUCAA